AUGGCACUUGAAUUCAAGAAAUACUGUGUCGGCUCUGCAGAAUUCGAGCCCUCCACUGUGGCCGGUGAUGAUAGCCUACAGGCCAGAAUCGGCGAGCUUCUAAAGGAAGAUGACCUUCUCGGUGCCAGCAGGGUGUUGUUUAAGCUCCCGGAGAAUGACGGCUACAUAUACCAUGCCACUGCCAGCGUCAGUCUUGCUCAAGUACAGCACAUAUUACAGCUUGGGGAUGUCAAUGGGCUGCACGAUUGGUAUAAAAACAUAGAUGGGACGCGAAGAGAUGCACCGUCGCGAGCGGAUACAGCCGCGUAUACAUCAAUUUUCGAUCCCAAGACAGCAACGCUCUCCGCUCUGAAAAACUUCAAGACCAACGCCAAGAAGGACUCGACGCUCAAAAUCUUGGCAGAUGGCCGCAACAUUGCUGACAUUGGCUCCGGAAACGGGUACUGGAGUUACAUGUUGAGAGCAUACGGCCUGAAAUGUCACCCGGUGGACAACCUGCAAAGUAUUUGGCGGGUAUCCUGGGUUGACGACACAGCGGUAUCAGAAGGUGUCAAUUGGCUCAAGCGGCACGAAAAUGGCAAGCAGAUGGUCCUGCUCCUUGUCUACCCCGUCGUUGGAGGCAGUAUCAGUGGUGGCGUACAAGGCGCCUUUACUAGAAACCUAGUCAACGCAUACGACGGUGAUACCAUAGCUGUGGUCGGCACCCAGAAUCAAAAUGGAUAUACUGGGUUCAAAGGCUUGACAAUGGCCGAAUAUAUGGAGAAAGAGCAGCCGCACUGGAUCAAGGUCGUCCAAAUACCUCUCCCCAGCUUUGGCGGCAAAGAUGAGGCCUUAUUCAUUUUCCAGAGAGGCGAGCGCGUCUCUUACCUAGAAACAGAGCUCAACCAAUAG